CCUAGAUAAAGUAAAACAAAAAUCACACCCAAGCAGACUCUUUUUUUUUCCGAGUUUAUUCGGGAGGACUAGAAGUGGUUUUGUUUCACAACAAUCAAACCAACAAAAAAAAUGGAUAUCGUUGUUUGCGAUGCGGGAAACCUCCCGGAGAAGACCUACGUCUCCAUCCGUAUUGGGGAGACCCGGAGGCAAGGGCCCUACAAACAGGACGAGACCUUCCACUUCUCCAACAGUCAGCAUGCCACGAUGAAGGUCGACCUCUUCCAGUACCUGGGCGGCGCCAGCGUCGGAAUGUAUCAUUUUUCGUCACUCAACUUACAUAAAGUGAAAAGUUCUGUCGUGCUGCGAAGCAAGUAUGAUGCCGGCGUGAGUAGUAGAACUUUGUCAUGCGGUGCGUGCACCAUUUGAUUGUAGUAAAAUGUGUAAUUAUUGUUCGAAAGUUGCAAUCACAAAACAGGUACAAGCUGAAGAAUGACGCCGAGCACAUUGAGGAGAUUAACGUGAACGGUAUGCAGCUGAAGUGCAAGUGCGUGUACCCGGAGGACUCCCCGCAAUCCAAGAAGCGCCAGUCGCGCCACGAGGUCACCUUGAAGGCCACCAAGUACCUGGAUGAGCACAGUGUGCAGGCGACCCUGCAGAGCAUGAUCCGCGGCCUGCUGGAGAAACAGUAGGAGAUAAAUAUUUCUUGUCUAUAAAUGUUCAUCGAAAAUUUGUUGUUUUUGCUUCACUGUGGUGUUUUUUUGCAGCAAAACCACAACGUGGUCGUCCCUAGAUAGGAAGCAGCAAGGUCGGGUCUUGCGUUUGCGUUCUGUCUUGUGCAUAGGGUUCUUGUAGCUGUGUAAUGAGUUUGACAACUACAAUCUAAACAGGCCGGAGGACGCGUUGGGCUACAUGGUGCAGUACAUCGAGGAUCAGCGGGGCGUGAAGCGCGUCUAUCCUGUGUAAAAACGUCCCCACCCCAGGGUUGUCAUGCAAAUCUGCUUGCUUAAAAUGUUUCUCCUGCGGAGCCCCAUGAGAAGCAUUUUCUAGUCGUGUGUUGGAAUCUGUGAUGCUCUAACCAGCAUGAUGUGCUCUACCUGUGAUGCUGCUGGACUCCCUAAAUAGCACGAUGCUACAAGGCCCAAACUUGUCAUGUGCAGCAAUCAGAGCUGGCUGAUUUGUCUAGCAGAUUGCCCAUCUUGACUAUGGGGUGGGGAUGUUUUGGCAUAGGAUAGCGGCUUGGCCAGCACCAAGGAGGCGGAUGCCACCCCAUCGACCAAGGCCGACGAGACCUCGCCAAAGGCGGUUGUGGACGAGGAAGUCGCAGCUC